AUGAACUGGAGUGGGAUACUCUGACGAUAUCGCCAUAUUGCUGGAAUCAGUCUAUCCCCCUCUACAGCACAUUUCAAACCAAAACAUAUACACAUGUUCUGUCCACGUGAAACUGUUUGAAGAAGCAUUAAAAGUGGAUGGAUUUGGGUCCCAGUGCAAGUGCUACCAUGCUUGCAGGAAUGUCUGGAAUAAGUGUGCAGUUCCAGAAUUUUGAGGAUGAUGUUUCCAAAGAAAGCAAUGAUUUGACAGUAGAUUCUGGGUUUACAGCUGAACCCUCAUUUCUGACAGGUGCUGGUCACUCUGAUCUGCGGUCAAUUGCUUCAAAUCAGGGAGGUGCAGACAACUCAGACAGCACAGAGCCUGUCAAGCGUAAGGGCGGCUGGACAAAGGGAAAAAAACGAAGAAAAGGACUGAGAGAUUCAAAUGCUCCCAAGCAGCCUCUUUCUGGCUACCUUCGGUUCCUGACAGAACGUCGAGAAAAAAUUCGUCAAGAGAAUCCAAAUUUGUCUUUUACUGACAUUUCUAAACAGUUGGGAGCUGAAUGGUCUAAUCUUCCACAACAUGACAAACAGCGAUAUCUGGCAGAGGCAGAGAGAGACAAGGAGCGUUACACACGUGAAAUGGAGGCCUAUCAACAGACAGAGGCAUACCGCUCUUUCCGUCGACAAUUUUCACCUAAAAACAAAGAAGAUGAAGCAGAAAGUCAGCAGAUAGCAGGAUCCGGUUUGGAGGUCCUGGCCCAUGGUGAGGAAGAAAGUGGAACAUUUGAUAUCCCAAUUUUCACUGAAGAAUUUUUGGACCACAAUAAAGCACGUGAUGCUGAGCUGCGGCAAUUACGAAAACAAACAACUGAGCUUGAGGAGCAGAAUGCAGUGUUGUCAAAACAUCUGGACAACUUGCGGGGUGCUGUAGACAGGCUUCAGACAGAGACCACACAACAACGCUCAUGUAACUCAGCUUUAGCAGCCCACCUUCAUACGAUCCGUACCACUCUGGCCUCAAGAUUUGCCAGCCUUCCUUUACCGGGCUGCAGUGAUGGACCUACUGUUGAUACAAUUGAAAGCUAUAUGGCACGUGUUCACACCAUCAUCACUGAAUCCCCACAGCAACAUCAUAGUUUUGUGGCCAGCAUUCUUGACAUUAUCACUAGACUCAAUGUUGAUGUGGAAAAGUUAUGAAGUUACCAAGUCUAGUUUCAGCCAAAAACAUUGAGCACAUCAGGUAUGCUUGUUGGACAACACAGCAGUGUCAUCUCAGAAACGAACAAAACUGUUGAAGCCAAGCCCAUCACCCAAAAGAUGGUUGAUAAGAUCUGUGAUGAAAAAAAUAAUCACUUUUUUCAUCCUAAUAACAAGCCAUGUAUUGAAGUGGAUAAAAUUUGCUAUGGUUGUACACAGGGAUGGGCAAGCUACUUUUAAUUUGUAGCCGGCUAGGCUACAGCUACUUUUUUCAAAAUGUAGCCGGCUACACUACAGCUACAAUUUUGCAAAAAGUAGCCAGCUACUUUGGGCUACUUUUAAA